UGUACUUAGGUAUAGCACAUCGGGGUAUUUAAAGGAAGCGAUCGCACAUAUUUCAUCAUUCCCAUGCUAAAGGAGCUUUUAGCGAGCAAUUUAUAAAAAAAAAAUAAAACACAAAUAAAAUAAUCAAGAUGGUGAGGUACGCAAUUGAUUGUGAAAUGGUAGGGAGUGGGAACCGCAGUAUCCUGGCGAGGGUCUCUGUAGUCAACGAGAUUGGAAAUGUCGUUAUAGACGAGUACGUGAAGCCGACAGCACAGGUGACUGACUACAGAACCUGCGUCAGCGGCAUCAAGAGACAACACUUGUUGAAUGGGAGCGACUUCCCAAAGGUCCAGAUAAUGGUUCAACAAAUACUCAACGGGGCCAUCUUGGUCGGACAUUCUCUGCAUUUUGACCUUGACGCCUUGGGUUUAUCACAUCCGGAGCGCAAUCGACGAGACUUGGCAACCUACGGGCCCUUGAUGAGGAAUAACCAACCAGUAGCAUUGCAAACCUUGGCUAGGGAGUAUCUAGGACGAAUCAUACAAGACGGUGAACACGAUUCUGUGCAAGAUGCGAAAGCCUGUAUGGAGAUUUAUAAAAAAUUCGCUUACCAGUGGGAUAGAUCCUACUAAUACAAGUACAAUCGAAAACAACAUAUGUACCUCAAUAUAAUAUUUGAUACAUUUCUUAAUUAUACAUACAGUUUAAACUCACUCAAUUUAACGUUAAACUCGCUAAUGCGUCCAAAUCACGUGGCUUUGAUUGGUUUAGCUUGCUUUCCAUAUUAUGAUACAUUACACCCACUCUCUAUAACGACAAUCAAGUAAUAAAAAGUACCCUUUAAGUUGCCAUAAUUAGUUAAAACCGCGCAACUGUCUAUAUUCUUUUGACGCUUUAUUAUCCUAGCCCGUAAUAAACUCGACUGUAGGCAUCAUGCAAAAAACACUUUCUGAGAAAUUCGUUCUUUUGUUUAAAAACUGGGAUUGCCCGUGUAGACUGUUGUUGACCAUGACUAAUAAGCAGUCAUAGACUUAAUACGUUUUCAUUUCCUUAGUUGCUCACAAACUUUCAAAUAAUAAACAUGGCUAAUAAAAGAAAAUCACUGUGUACUGACGAAAAAUAUUUACUCAUACAUUUUUCUUCUUUCCAUUUAACGACCACUCCCUAUAACGCUAUAAAAUGUACAGUCCCCACUGUAUUUGAAAAUAAAAUAUAUGUGAUUUCUGUCAAAUAUUAAUUGAUCAUACUGUAAA